AUGUUUCAGCCAUUUACAUCUGCUGCUCUCUUUCUUCUUCUUCUUCUUCUUCCUCUUCUCUGGGAUCUUCUUCUCCUCAUCUCCUUGUGGACUUCAUACACAAGAAAUUCCAAAUCUUCAAUAGAGUUCUUAGUUUUUUAUAUCUGCUGCAUUUUCUUAGGGUUCUUCUUCUUCUACUUCGGGGUCUUCUUCUCCUCAUCUCCUGUUAGGCUUACAUACACAAGCAUUUCCAAAUCUUCAAUAGAGUUCUUAGUUUUUUAUAUCUGCCGCAUUUUCUUAGGGUUCUUCUUCUUCUACUUCGGGGUCUUCUUCUCCUCAUCUCUUUGUGGCUUACAUACACAAGCAUUUCCAAAUCUUCAAGAGAGUUCUUAG